GCAGAACCUGUCACUGUUGAGCCGUGAAAUCGAAGCGAAAGCUGACGUCAUCGUUAGCCAGGGAUCGUUAGUAGGGCACGGCAGAACGGUCCGGGGAGAUUCGUGCCGUCUGACCCCUGUUGUCGCAGACACACACACGCACAGCGCUCUCGCCUCCCUUGGUAAGACGAAUCAGCUGGCAUGAAUGCAUUCACUUGUAAGUUCUCUGGCUCUCGUCGUCUGCAGGUGUUCUAGUCAGCACAGAUGAGCAGUCAUCGCGGCCCUCCCCGGCCACAGAACCGCCCUCCCGCGUCACAGUCCUUCCAGCACCUCUACCAGCAUGCCCGCCCCGGCAGAGCUCGACCGCCGGCUUUAAUCCCACGCACGUCCCAGCAACGUGCAGGAGCCAUGAUAUCGGCCAACGUCAAGAGCGAGCCCACAGACAACCACAUGCCCCCUGCCCCGCCGCCCAGGCCGACGCAGCCCGCACCGAAGGCGCCAUACCGUCACCCCAGCGGCACACAGCCGGGUGGAGCUGGUGUUGGUGGGCAGAAUCAGCCCUCCCAACAGCAGCACCGCCACAACCAGCAGCAGCAGCAGCAACAGACGGCUGCAAGCCAGGGGUAUGCGCCGCCGCCCAGACAGCCCAAUAACAGUGCUGCCGGCCGGCCCCCUGCUCCUCCCUCUGGGACCUUUGUUGGCACCCAGCAGCAGCAGCAGCAGCGAGGCGCCAGCCUCACGGCAAAGCUUCCCAUGCAGAAUGGCACAGAGGCCGUCGAUGGCAAGCCGGAGGUCAAGACCACCACAGCAGUGGUGCAGCGUGACGACAAGAAGGGCAGUGGAGUGGGGGUGGGUACCGGUCUCACAGCCCCAUUCAUGGCCCGUAGUGGCGAGCAAGAGAUCACCUUCAGUGAGCUAGAGGCGGCGUUCCGCCCUUUGGUGUGGCCGCCCGACCCCAUCGUGGCCAACAACAUCCGGCUGGUGCUGCGGCAGCUGGUCGACGCUUCCCACAACCGGCGCAAGAUGAAUAGUGAGGACCAGAAGGCCAAGGCCGCCCCCCACCACCCCCACCCCCACCCACACAUGGACAGAGAAGACAAGAAACGGGAGCACCAGAACCUCACCCACUUGCGCAGCUUCCUCUCCGAGCGGCUGAUGGUGGCCGACCUGGCGGGCAUCGCGGCCAUCACCCGCGCCCUGGCGUCGUUCCGCCACCUGGGGGGACGGCUGACGGCCCUGCUGCUCAUCAGCAAGGCGCCAGUGGCCCGGGGGGGCGCCUUCAUCGACUUCACAUCGACCAUCAGCUCGCAGAUGUCGGCCGCCAGCGGCGUGUCCAUGGCAAGCCAGGCCAGCGGCGGCAGCAUAGGCGGCGGUAGCGGGGGUAUGGGGCCAGUUAUGGUCACGGGUCUGCUGCGGCAGCUGAUCGAGGCCGUCGGCAGCCACCACGACCUCUCAGAGCUCCAGACGCCCUCGCCGAGGCCGACGGGGGCGCCGCAGAACAACACCCGUGACGUCGAGCUCAUGCCGCCCCCACCCAUCCCUCUGCAAUUCCUCAAACGACCAGCAGCACCAGCGGCAGCAGCACCAGCGGCAGCAGCGGCAGCCACCACCACCACCACCACGGCAGACACAGGCAUGUCGCUGGUGCCGUACAGUGAGAUGAUGGGAGGGGGAGGGGGGCAGCGGGCCAGCGGCAGCACCACCCGUGGCAGCUCUCCCGUCAUGACUGUGACCAACGACCUGGCGUCACUCGAGGCCAUCUUCGCCGACCUGGCCCUGCUGUGCGGCGACCUUGCGCGUGCUGGCCACGAGCCGAGUGUGGUGGCCCUGCUCGACGCGCCAUUCAUCGCCAAGUGGCUCUCCCCGGCCACCAAGAUGGCCGUCCGCGGUCCCGCCCCCCGCCCCGCCAUGACCGCCACACACAAGGGCUACCCCGGCACCAGCUACUGGCAUGUGCGUGUGCAGCUGAUGAAGCUCUUCAACCACGUGUGGGGCCACUGCAAGAAGCAGACCGACAAGGUGGAGGCGCCCGAGCCGGCCAUUGUGCUGACGGCCAUGGCGCAGUGGAUGUCGCCGUCAUUUGCAGAGUGGGCCGAGGGCAACCCGCAGUGGGCAGUGGGACCGACGCCGGCAAAUAGCCGAAACCACCGGGAGGGUGUGGAAGGGGCGGCAGUGGCCAAGGCGAUCGACGCCAUGCGGGAGGCCGCCUUGGCGGCCUGUCUGCGAGCCAUCCGGCUCACCAACGUCCCCUCUGCCAUCCUCAAGCGGACCCCCCCGCCGAUUCACAACGGAGAGCGCCCCCCCACCAUCCUGCAGACACUCGUGGGCACGCUGAGAGACGAGCUGGAGCGACUCGAGGACGCGUGUGGCGGCGGGGAGCCCAUGAGCGACAUGGACGACACCGCCACCCACUCGGAGUCCAUGGUCCGGCACUGCCUGGAGGGUCUCGGCCUAUGGGCGUCGGACAUCCUCGAGCCGCAGUUCCGCCAGGACAGCACCGAGGGCAGCAGGAGGAGGGCGGGGGCCGGCAGCGAGAAGGACAAGUGUCGGCUGGAGGACCUGGGCGAGAUGGUGGUCGACCUGGACCGCAUUGUGGGGCUGGCCACGGACCACUUGGGCGAGGAACGGCUCCUGGCUGAGAUGCGCUCCCAUGUGCUGCUGCUGGUGAGGGUGCUGGAGCAAGACGCUACAACGGGCGAUGGAGGCGAUGACAUGGACACAUCUUAGUUAGUGGGGGUCAAGAGGCAGCGAGCGGUGCCAUUGAUACAAUGAGGUGCGUGCGCAGGGUGGGAGGAGAGAGGGGGACGCGACGCGCACCUUACAAUUACUGACGUGUGUGUGUGUGUGUGUGUGUUUGUGCAGGUAGAACGGUGAUGUUGAGGUGUGUAGCUAUACUACACAUAGCUUGUGCAGAUCGAUGCAGACGGCAUUCCUGUUGGUUGCCCCGUCCGUUGUGUGUGAUUUGGUGGUGUGUGCUGUGUGAGCCGGCCUCAAUGCAGCGUGUGCACUGCCAUGUCCGACGGAUCGGGUACACACACCGGAUUGCUUGCUGCAAUGGGUGGACAGGCCUGACCAUCAAUUGUCUUCUCUCAUUGCAUGGCGUGAAUGAAUGCACACACCGCCG